AUGGCCGACCCACAAGAGUCUCUUGUUGAUGUUGUUAAACAGGACAAGUUUUUCGACAUCUCAGAUGAUCAGUUCCUCGAUCUCUUAAAAAAUGCCUUUAAGACUGAGCUCAAUCAUCUAAAGAAUGCAAGUCCUACCGUGGAAUCCGGUGCAACGAAGAAAUGGGAGGGGACACCAUCACAGAGAAUCUUCGGGGAGGAUUUCCACGAAGUGAACCGAACACUAACCAGCAUGUUGGCCGUCAAAUGGGUCAUUGCGGGGGAAUAUGAGACGUUCACAAGUGGCCAAAAUAACAGCAAGCUCCAGUGGGACUCUUUCAAGGAUCUGCGGUGGUUCUUUCUCUCUCGAUUGCAUGAACCAGAUGAUAUCUAUGCUCUUAUUGUUGCAAUUGCUAUUGACGAUAUCGGGAAGGACAAGGCUCUUGCUGAGGAGGUGGCAAUCCCGGAAAAGAAUCACGGGGAAGUGCUACUCAAAGCCGUGGAGAGGGGGUUAGUGCCUGCGUUGGAAACCGUCACAGACCAAGUCAGGAAAAACAAUAUCAUCCAGAGCCUGAGGAUCGGCGCGAAACUUGAUAUUUCGCAAAUAGUCCAGGGGGAAACAGUCCCGCACAGCAUGCUUGCUCUGAAUGAUUGCCAGAAGCUUCACGAAGCAUUCAAUAUCAAGGCUAUGGUAACGUUUCUGGACGUGGGAGGGGCUGCUGCGCAUAGUGACCCGCGCGGAUGCAUUGUGAUGACGCAACCGAUAUUCCUUCACUAUCUGAAGGCGAUCAAUUUAUUGGAUCAAUAUCGCAAGAUGGAAAGCCCGGACUGGCCUGAAUGCUACGACAAGUAUCUGGCUUACCGUGCUUAUAUGCUGAAGCACGAUGGGUUCGCUUCACUAUCUACCAGCAACUCGGAAGACCGUGCGCUUCUUCGACUUCUUUGUAUGGGACGAGUGGAGACCAGGGCACAGGCAGAGCAGUUUCGGACUGCUUUUUCGACUUUGCCAGAUUCUACAAAAACGGAUUUGGUGAACGGACUGAGUGUAAAUGGCAUUGAAGAUGGUACCGCCAUUCUUCCCUACUACGCACCCGGUAUCCUGUCAGAGGUGCUGAGGGAUGUACCUGAAGGAAAACUUGUCCAGUACCUGAAAGCCUUCAUGCACUUCCUGGCUGGAGUAUAUGAUGGCUCCAAACCUGAGCCUGGCAAGCCGGGUGCACUUGAGGAACGUGACUUGGCCCCGAUGCAGGAUAUGGUUAAAAGCCCCGAAUUCAAGGAACAUCCAGAAAUCUUAACGAGGUUCAACUUAUCAUAG